AUGACCAAGAAGGACAAAAAGAAGCAAAAGAUUAACACAAUUGAAACCAAGGAGGGCGAGAAGAUUAGGGUGUUCGACGAUCUGGAAUCCUUCGAGCUGUACAUCAAGGGUGAGACAGAGGACGAAGAGUUUGAUCACGUGCACUGCCAAGUCCGAUACUACCCCCCAUUUGUGCUGCACGAGUCGCAUGACGACCCGGACCGUAUCAAGGAGACGCUCAACAGCCACAACAAGAAGUUCGUGCGUCAUCUCCACCAACACGUCGAGAAACACCUGUUGAAGGACAUCAAGGAGUCCGUGGGGCUCCCCGAACUGAAGUUCAAGGACAAGUCCAAAGAGGAGACCUUCACCCACGUCGUGUGGAAGUACCAUGCACCAACGAAGUAUCACAACAAAGACUUUAUGAUCCACGUGACCGUUGAAUGCCACAACGACAGUGCCAUUGUGGACGUCGACUACUUGACGGAGCCCAUGGUUCCGGCUCAGGAGCCCGUAGGUGCCUGA